UAUUGAAGUAGUUCAUAGGCAACAGUAUAUUGUUGACUGCAGAAAACACUUUAUAGUCUACAACUUGUCAAAAUAACUGAUGAUAUGGCGAGCCCACCCUCUGUCUCUAUGCCCAUUUUACAUGUUCGUGGUAAUCACUAUGAUGUCGGAUACCAUACUGGUGUUACGUUCCAGAAUAGAAUUAAGUUGUUCUACCAGAGUUCACUAUUAGUUCAGGAGAAACUACUUCCGUUCUACUCCCAAAAACGUGGACGAGAAAUAACAGAAAUUUACCUCAGAGGGGCACGUGAUCACUUCCCCAAGCUGAUUCGUGAGGUACAAGGUAUGGCCGAUGGCGUGGGAAUGGCAUUUGAAGACAUUUUUUUGCUUAAUAUUGCAAAGGAAGUUUAUAAUUGUCAUUGUUAUGAAAUGGAAACUUGGCCCCCGGAAUCUGAUAACCUGGGAUGUUCAGACAUUAUGAUCAACACCCAGGCGGUGAAGCUGAUAGGACACAAUGAGGACUGUGAUCCACAAUCAAGAACCUCUGGCUACAUUGUCAGUGCUCACGUCAUAGAAGACUCCACUGACGAAAAGUUCACAACCUUUUCGUACCCCGGCAGUUUACCAGGCAAUACGUUCGCUUUUAAUCAGCAUGGUAUGAUAUUUGGAUGCAAUGGACUCUAUCCCAUAACAGCUAUAGUCGGGGCGACUCCGAGAUUUUUCCUGAACAGAUCUAUGAUGGCUGCCAAAACCGCAGAACAUGCGCUAGAAAUUGGCAAGAACGUGGGAGGCGGAUGUGCUGUCGGGUUUAAUCUGAACAUGGGGAACUGGAAAAAUCUUGGUGAUAUGUGGGGGUUGGAAAUAGGCCCCGGCGCGAAUGAAGGCAUGACCAAUUUGCAAACAUUUAAAGAACAGACCAAAGUCGACGAUUCGCCAUGUUAUCUGCAUAGCAACAAUUACAAACAUCUGAGCGUCAAGGAAAUGGAUAAUUUGUCAUCAUCAACAGCUCGAAUGGAACGUAUGCUAGAGUUUAAACCGCCUUCGACACUGGAGGAAAUGAAGACGAUCCUGGGUGACACGAAUAAUGCUAAGUAUCCAAUUUAUCGAACACCUAGGGCCACAGACAGUUCACAGACUGUAGCAACGGCAUUGUUUGACCUUAUUGACAGAAAGAUGAAUUUGUACAUGGAUAAUCCCAAGUUUGCUUCAUCACCCUUCCUCACUUUGUCUCUCGAAUAGUUCAUGUCUAUAGAUAUCGACAACCUGGCGGACUGAAUUUAUCGAACGCAAUCACAUAUAUGGCCUGAUUUUAAGCAGGCGCUGUUUGACAAGCAGGUGUUUGAUUAGCAGGUUUAUGUGUCUAAAUACCUAAAUCAACAAAAUAAUUCCGUACGUCAUGUGCAAGUGACUUUUACCGAUAGCUUUAAGCAAAUAGAAUGAAAUGUUUACGAUAUGACAAUGUCUGUUUUCUUUCAAUUGAACGUGUUCGAAUGAUUGUGUUGGAAGACAACCAUGGUUUCAUUUAUGUCAUUGAGUCCUUGAAGAUGUCACCAAAGACAAGGAGAAGAAUUGAGAAUAUAUAAUUUAAAAGUCUCAGUUUAAUAAAUUAUCGUUUUCAAGAAGAACUGCAAAAGUACCUAAGUGAUUGGAUAAACAUUAUCUUGUAUUAGUUUCCACUUUUAUUUGAGAUUCAUGAAUCUCGAUUGAGGCUCUAUAAAAUGAAUAAUUUUUUUCCUCAUAUCAUAAAAGGAACACAUAUAUUCCUUGUUAUCGUCAGUAUUUUAUUCUUCAUCAUGCACGAUAGAGCAAUACUUCCUUAUCUAUUUUCUAAUAAAGUGUAUUACAUUUUGAAUAAUUUAA